AUGCCCAGAGCUCCCAGAACUUACUCGAAGACUUACGCUGUCCCCAAGCAACCUUACGAAUCUGCUCGUUUGGACGCCGAACUUAAGCUCGCCGGUGAAUACGGUUUGAGAAACAAGAGAGAAAUCUACAGAAUUGGUUUCCAAUUGUCGAAGAUCAGAAGAGCCGCUAGAGACCUUUUGACCAGAGAUGAAAAGGACCCCAAGAGAUUGUUCGAAGGUAACGCCUUGAUCAGAAGAUUGGUCAGAAUUGGUGUCUUGCCCGAAGACAAGAUGAAGUUGGAUUACGUCUUGGCCUUGAGAGUCGAAGACUUCUUGGAAAGAAGAUUGCAAACCCAAGUCUUCAAGUUGGGUCUUGCCAGAUCGAUCCACCACGCCAGAGUCCUCAUCGACCAAAGACACAUCGCUGUUGGUAAGCAAAUUGUCAACAUCCCCUCGUUCGUCGUCAGAUUGGACUCGCAAAAGCACAUCGACUUCGCCCAAAACUCGCCUUACGGUGGUGGCAGAGCCGGCAGAGUCAAGAGAAAGAGACAAGCCGCUGCCUCGGGUGGUGACGACGCUGCUGACGAAGAAGAAGAGUAA